AUGAAUUGUUAAAUCUGCUUCCUUGACAAAUAGAUGAUUAAACCUGGGGAUUGUUCUCAUCAAUUCUGCAAGUAAGCAUAUAUAAAUCAAAAAGAGAAUGCAUCAUCAUGUAUUUGAAAGAAGCAAUUAAGAGUGGUAGUGUAUUUAAGAUUACAUGUCCUACUUGUACUACAGAAUACAGCGCUUUAGUCAUAAAACAAUAUUGCGAAGACUUGUUUCCCAAAUAUUUGGAGUUAAAGCAGAAAGCUAUAAUAACUUGUUCUGUAUUACAAAUUAUUUACAAUCUAGGUCUGCAAAGAAGAUUUGAAAACCCACAAGUGCGGUACCAAUGUUUGUGCAAAGUGCGGCGAAAUUCACUCUGGAUAAUGUAGUUAAAGAUGUCCAAAUUGUUUGAUUCCUAUAGAAAAAGUUAGCGGAUGCAAUCAUAUGGUUUGUAAAUGUAAAUAUGAGUUUUGUUGGAUUUGCAAAGGAUAAUAUAGUAAAUAUCAUUAUAGAUUAUGGAAUUUAUUUGGAUGUCCAUGUAAUAUAUGUAAAUUAUUACAGUUCCGGGAUCAAUGAUGAGAACUAUUGAGCCUUUACAAUAUCCGAUGUUAUUACGAUUACUGAUGGUUCUACCCAAAAUCAUAGCAUUCAUACUAAUAUUCUGCAUCUUGCUCUUAAUAUAUCCAUUUUUUUGUUUUAUUAUCACUGUUAAAUUCCAUUAUCAAUAAUUUAAAAUCAAAAAGUAAGUCUUAAAUUAAAAUUAUAUUAGAAUUAGAAUAUUAUUGGUAUUUCUAUUUCCGUUGACUUACUUGAUACAUUUUUUUUAUAAAGGAAUAUUUGCUGUGCAGCAUAAAUUACAUUCUGUGAGUUGAAAAUAUAUUAAAAUAAUGUAUGUUAAUAUUUAAUUGCAAUAUUUUUAGGUGAUAUAUCGUCACUUAGAAAUUAUAUUCGUAUAAUAUUUAAUUAUGCAAUAGUCAGAGAUUUAACUCAAUAAUUAUGAUGAAAUCUAAUUGAAAAUGCAAUAAUCCCAAUAGAGUAAAUGUCUAUUGGAAUAAUAAGCAUCGCAUUAUGAGAUGAAUAAACAAAAUGAGAGUGUUUUUACCACAUUUGAAAAUUUUGAAAGUUAUUCUGAAUUAUAGCAAAAAUUGUCAGAUGCAAUUAAAUAUGAAACUCUCUAAUUUAAAUAAUACCGUAAGUAGAUAUCUUAAACUCUGAAUGAAGCACAAACAAUAGUCGUUGAUUAUUUUUAAGAAACGAAAAAAGAAAUUAAAAAGAUAAUAAAUUCCUUAAAAACUACUGAAUUUCAAUACAAAUUAACUCAAAAUUCAUAAGAAAAAAUCAAGUAAUCCUUGAUUGAUUAACCAUUCAAACAACAAUACUAACAAGAAAAGUUUAAUGACAUACUAUAAAUGUUGAAUAUUUUAAUUUAAUAUUCUAAAUCAUUUCAUUAAUUAAAAUUUGAGAUAUCCAAAAGUGAACAAUUGUUUAAUAAUCAAGUUUAAGUCACAGGUAAUCAUUGUUUUGGAUUAAAACACGGAUGCCAUUUUUAUAAAUUUUAAGAUUUACAAUUCAAAGUAUAUCUUAUAUUUCUAAUUUAUAGGGAGGUGAAUAUCAUUAUGGUGUAAAGGAAGGACAAUGGAAGGAGAUAAUUUGGGCAAGAUCAGAACCCAUAGAAUUAAUUUAUGAACAAGGUUAAUACUUUAAUGGCAAAAGAAUUGGAGAGUGGAAUACAAUUGAUUUAAUAGCAAAUUAGAUUUUGAGUUAUGGAAAUUAUGAUGAAUUUGGAAAUAAAUAAGGCAAAUGGCUUGAAAUGAAAAUAAAACAAGAUGAAAAUAAUAAUAUUAAGUAACCAUUUAUUUUCAUUUAGAAUUGUUGAAUGGCAUCAAAAUUAUGUAAAUGAUUUCCCUUAAAACGAAAGAAGAUUAACAUCGAUUAUUAGAGUAUUAAGAAAUAUUAAAAUAUAUAGAAUUCCUUGAUUUUGAGUCAAGCCAACUGUCCUUAAAUACCAAUAACAGAGGGAUAUUUAACAAAAUAAGGAAAAUAAAAAUCUGGAGAUAAUGAAAUAUUUUUGUAAUUGCAACCUUAAGGUUAAAUGCUUUAUUUAUUCCAAUCUUAAUCCUUUAAUGCUUAGCCUAUGUAAGAAUUAUAGUUUAAAUAGUGAAAUCAUCAAUUUAAUUAACAUUCAUUCUGUGUUUCAUUAAAAAAACUCAAAAAAAUAGAAUUUAGUUGAAAUCAAUUUUCUGAAUGGUAAAAAGGCGUAAUUUAUGGCUAAAACAGAACGUGCUGCUAAAAAAUGGGUUGAUUCGUUAAAUUAAGCUCUUUUGUACAAUCAAUGGAUAACUGAAAAAUAAAAUUCAUCAAUAUCUGUCUAAGAUGCUUGUGAAGACGAUAAUAAUGAUAAGGUUUUUAUUGAGGAUAAUGUUUUGCAAAAUUAGAAUUAUUAGUAUCUGAAAGAAGGAUUUGAUGACAUCUCUUCAUUAGAUAUAAAGUAAUUUGAAUUGUAAAAGCAGUUAGGAGAGGGAUUAUUUGGCAAAGUUUUUUUGGCUAAAUAUAAAAACAAUAAUAUUUAUGCUUUAAAACAAAUGCAGAAGAGCUUUUUGAAAAAGCAGAAUUAUUUAAAAUAUGCAAUCACUGAGAUGGAGAUACUAAAAAGUGUGGAUUGUCCAUUUAUAAUAAAAAGUUAUGCAUUUUUAGAAGUAAUGUUAUUUAUUAUAAAAUUUAUAGAAUGAAAAGUAUUAUUAUAUCAUAAUGGAGUAUUGUCCAGGCAGAGAUUUGAUACAUAAUCUUAUUGUUCAUGGGAAAUUUAAUGAAAAUGAAAGUAGAUUUUAUAUGGCUGAAUUAAUAAUUGCCAUAGAAUAUUUACAUAAGAAGAAUAUCUUAUAUAGAGAUUUGAAACCAGAAAACAUUCUAAUUGACAGAAGAGGGCAUAUAAAACUGAUUGAUUUUGGAUUGUGUAAGACUGAGAUAAAGGAUGGAGAGAGAAGUCUAAGUUUUUGUGGUUCACCUUAUUAUAUGUCACCAGAAAUGAUUGAUCAAAGAGGGGCAACAAAAGCCUCGGAUAUUUAUGGAUUAGGAGCUAUUUUCUAUGAAUUAGUAACAGGAAAGUCUCCAUACUUUGAUAAAAAUUAAGAAAAUGUUAAAUAACAUAUCAAGGAUGCUAAACUUACUUAUCCAAGCAAUAUUUCAUAACAAGCCAGAGACCUAAUUCAAGUAAUAUUAUUAUAAUGAGUAUUUUAGCAAAUGCUUGAAGUUGAUGAUAGUAAAAGAAUUACGUUGAAUGCAGUAAAAUCAGAUAAUUUUUUUAGUGGUGUUGAUUGGGGUAGAAUGUAUAAAUAAUAAUAUAUUCCUCCAAUAAGGGAAUUUGAAGAUCUAUCAGAUGAUGAUUGA